GAGAAUCUCCAAUAUGAUGCCAUUGUCAGAGAGAAGAUCAUUUGCCUCAAAUAAUCCCAAGAUAACUCUUACACAAAAAUUUUAAGUUCCAUACAUACCCUUAUUGAUGUCAUGCCACUUUUAUAGAAGAGGUGAUAACUCUUAACACCAUACUCCCAACCUCUCUUCAGUUCAACCAAAUGAACUUUCAUAAACAAAAGCGCUUGAUUAUUAUAGUAACACCAACCUUAUCAUGGUUGUUGUUGAUAAACUCAAACAUUGUUUCUGGAUUUGGUCAUGCUAAUGGAUUUGGUGAACAAUCACUCUCCAAAAUCGCCAUUCACAAAGCACUUGUUUCACUCCAUAGUGCUGCCUCAGUUACAUCUACUCCUUCUAUUCUCGGCAUUAAGGGUGAGGAUACUCAAUGGGUUGCCGUUGAUUUUGAUUUUCCUAAUCCAUCUGUAGAUGAUUGCCAUGAUGAUGAAAUUCUGAUGAAUUUUUACAUUGUUCUAACUUUGUGCUAAAUCAUGAAACUCA